AUGACCACCCAGUACGACCAACAGAAACUCGAACACACGCCGUGGGUCGAAAAAUACAGACCGAAAAACUUGGACGAUGUCGCCUCCCAAGAACACGCGGUCCGCAUCCUCAAGAAAACAGUUCUGCUGGCAAACCUACCGCACAUGCUCUUCUAUGGACCUCCAGGUACCGGUAAGACAUCCACAAUGUUGGCAUUGGCCAAGCAGUUGUAUGGCCCGCGUUUGUACAAGCUGCGAGUGUUGGAAUUGAACGCGUCUGACGAGCGUGGUAUCUCCAUUGUGCGGCUGAAGAUCAAGAACUUUGCUCGGUUAACAGUGUCGAACCCGACCGCAGAGGAUUUGCGCGAUUAUCCUUGCCCACCAUAUAAAAUUAUCAUUUUGGAUGAGGCAGAUUCGAUGACCAACGAUGCGCAGUCCGCGUUACGUCGUACCAUGGAGAACUAUUCGCUGGUGACACGGUUCUGUCUCAUUUGUAAUUACAUCACCCGUAUCAUUGACCCGCUUGCGCUGCGUUGUCUGAAGUUCCGCUUCAAACCGCUCGACAACGCCAACGCGUUUGCUCGUUUGAGUCUGAUUGCAGAGAAAGAACUGGUGCGCUUGGACCUGGACGCGGUUCUCGAGGAGAUUUUGGUUGUAUCCAAGGGUGACUUGCGUAAAGCCAUUACCUACUUACAAUCUGCCGCUCGUUUGGGUGCGUCGUUGCUGGCGGAACACUCCAUAUCUGUCAAUUUGGUCCGGGAGAUUGCUGGAGUGGUUGAGCAGCCGCUUUUGGACGCGCUAUUAGAGGCAAUUCGCUCGAAAAGCUCCGCAGACAUUAUGGCCAUCGUCAAAAAAGUUGUGCUUGAAGGUUGGAGUGCGCAACAGGUCUCUGACCAGCUUCAUGACUUGUUGCUUCUAGAUGAAGGACUUCAAUCUGAAAAGAAGAAUGCCAUCGCAAAGCUCCUUUUUGAGACGGACAGAAGACUCAAUAGUGGUACGGACGAACAUGUUCAGCUUUUGAAUUUGCUGUUGCAAAUUGCCGCUGUUGUCUAA